GUUUGGCUUGUGCAAAUUUAUACACGGGCAUUAUACAAAAAAAGAAAAGAAGAAGCCUCGAUUUGAAAUUGAAAGCUGUGUGUGCAUUUUGGGUUUUAAUUAUAAUUGUUAGCCAUGGAUGCCGCUCCAGCUGUAGCGCCGCAUGCUGCAAAUGAGGCAAAGCCACAGCCACAACCCCCGGCCCCGGCGGCCGCUGCGCCAAACGAAAAUGGUGUACAAACAGCAGCAAAAAAAUCUGAAACAGCGACGGGCACAGCCACAGGCUCCGAAAUGCAUUCCAACGUUGACACUGGAAAAGUGCUCGAGGCGCAAAAAACGAAAUCGGAAAUGAACAGUGAAAUGGUUUUAAUAACAAUAUGCAGUGCCGAUCGUAAAAUUAAAAAGACAUUCAUGUCAUUGCCCAGCAGAAAGGAUGUUAUUGAAAAAGCACACAAAUACGGCUUGGCUGGAAGUACCAUAGUACUGGAAAGCAAUGGCUGCGAGAUAUGUGAAGAUGAGGUGUUGCUCUUCGCAGCCAAGGAGAAGAUUUUGUUAAUGCUGCUUGCGGAAAGCGAUGAAUAUGUUAUACUACCUCCGCCCUCGCCUUUGAAUCGUUCAGAGCGUGCGGGCAGCUCAUUGGAUCCCAGUUUUGUAUCGAAUGCCAAUGACUCAACAGUAUCGAAUGACGAGACUCUAUCGCUGGCUAGUGUCACGCCAAGCAAUUCAAAGUUAUCUACAGCGCCCUUUAAGGAGUUUUCGAUACCUUGGAGUAAGGUACCAAAUGAUAUUAUGAAGUUGCUGCGUGGCAAAACGAGCCUGGGCAAGCGUCUCAAUGCGUUGGCCAAUCUCUUGGUCGAUGCACUGCGCGAGCGCUCCUCACAUAUACCUAUACUUGUAUUUCGAGAGGUCGCACAGCAGGCGGCUGAAAAGUAUCCCGAUUCAUUGCUGGAAAAGGAUCGGGAGGGCCAACAAAUUGCCACGACGCCACAGUCUCUCAUCUCCAAAAUGAUCAAUCGUAACAAUGCGUUAAAUCGUCCACAAAAACGAGCCAGCUCGAGCACAGCUGAUCUACACAUUACCAGCAGUAGCAGCAGUAAGAAACGUAAAUCGGGAAAUGGUGGAGCAGUGGCAUCUAAUGGAAAUGCCAAAUCUUUAGCAUUGAAUCGUGAUCUUGAACAGAAGAAAGAUUUGCUGAUAUCCAGCUAUCGUGGUGCUGCCAAAGUGGAGCAAAGUACCAUAGACGACUAUAUGAAGGAAUGCUUUCCGUUGCAGCGCGCCUUCUUCAACAAUAGCGAAAAGAUACCAGACAUUACGGCCAUCAAGGAUAAUUGGCCGUAUAUCUUCAACAAGCCACUGCUCUAUCAGCAUUUCGAAUUGCUCAUGUCUAUUGAUCCGCGUGUAUUAGAGAAGCGUUUUGCCAGUGAAAAGGAACGAUUGUUCAAAUUCUUUAAAAUGUCCAAAAAUAAGAAAGUGAACGCCCUGGAGGAGAACAACGCGAAUAUGGUGCGUGGACUGGCAUACUAUUUCAAUGAGGAUCCUGACUAUAUAUUCAAGCAAUACGAUCAUGGACCUUUGCCCGAUGAUGUGCUACAGCACAUCAAUCCAACCAAUGCGCCUUGGGUGGCACUAGUCAAUACGCCCAUAUCUGUUGGCGAUGAGGGUGCCCAUACUGAUGCAAUGGUCUACAUUGAGGGGCAAAUAAUGAGCACGUUUCCAGCUUCAGAUGCUGAUAUACCAGAUAUAAUUGCCCAAUUGAUCUGCUACUAUUAUACCUUUAACAUGAUGUACCCCAAGGAAGCCAAUCAAACACUCGAAUUUAUUGUCAUCUACUUUUUACAACAUACGCCGGAACAGGUGCGCAACUCCAAAAAGAGCAUUACUUCGAAUAGUAAAUACAAUCAACUAAUUUCGAAAUUGGCAAAUGCAAAUGGUUGAGCAGGAAGACCGAGGAGAGGACAUCGCAUACUAUUUAGUUUACAUACAUAUAUAUAUUUAUUUUGCAGACCCCAUUUCACAUUAUACUCCUUUCUAAUUUUUAAGAUGAUUUAUAUAAAGUGUGUAGUGUACUUA